AUGGCCAUUACUUUGAAUAAACGGAAUAUCAGAGCGCUGAGCGUGACUCUUUUGCUUCUUUUGCUGGUUCUCUUCGUGACGCAGAACGCGAGAAACGUGUCCGUCACGGUUGAUGAUCGACAGGUGCUGGAGGGUGUGCCCCUGGUGAACUACGCAAACGUGGAGGAUCCCGUGAGUGUUGCCGCGGUGAAACCGAAAAUUGGCACGGAUAGGAGCGGCCAGGCGCCUGAACCUGCUGGGGUGUUCAGCCCAGCGGUAGAGUACGACUCGAUCUUGAGUAGAUCGCCAGUGGUGAUCUUCAGCAAAUCGUACUGUCCGUACUCUGCUAAACUGAAAAAAUUGCUCGCUGCAGGGUUCAAGUUCACGCCCGCUUACACGGUUGUGGAACUGGACGAGCACGAACACGGUCCCGAACUGCAGAAGUACAUCGCAGAGAAAACCGGGAGGUCAACUGUGCCCAACCUGAUUGUCAACGGGGUUUCGCAUGGUGGCUGUGACGAUAUCGUUGCCCUGUCAGAAAACGGCAAACUUCUGGACAGGCUGAACGAAUGGGGUGGAUCAGCGGUAAACGUAAUUCAAGUCUGA